ACUCUGUUCCUGUUCCUGCCAUCUCCUCUGCUGCUGUCUCUGUUGUCCUCAUGGUGGACACUGUUCCUGCCCUGUCUCCACAGCUGCUGUCUCUCUUGUCCUCAUCAUCUCUGGAGAGGCUGUGACAACUUGAGUCAGGCUGUACUUCUUGUCUGCUGCUCUAGAAACCAUGAUCCGAGACAACGCAAGGCUGGCACUGAGGGGGGCAGAGAUUAAAGCUGUGAGAGCCCCUUGGAGAGUAAUAAGGUGUGAGAGGAGGAUUUGGGUUCUGCUGGGUCCCCUUGUCCCUGAGCUUCUCCUGAUGAAGUCACAGCCUUUCAAAGCUGGGGACAAAGAGAAGCAGUUCGUCUGGACAUGGAAAAUCACCGCAAGCCUUCUGCUCUUCCAUGUCUCCUGUCUGUUUGUCCUUACACAGCUGCCUAGCUGGGUGACCACACAGGAGUUCCGGGUCUUUGGUCCCUCAGACCCCAUUGUGGCUGCUCCAGGUGGGGAAGCCAUCCUUCCCUGCUCCGUGUUUCCAGCCAUGAAUAUGGAGAACAUGGAGGAGCUGAGGUGGUUCCGCAGCAGCUUCUCAGAAGCAGUACUUGUCUAUCGGGACCAAGAGGAGCAGAAAAGAGAGCAGAUGCCUGAUUAUUCCUGGCGGACCUCUCUGGUGAAGGACCAGUUCCAACAAGGCACAGCUGCUCUCAGGAUCCAAAAUGUCCAGGCAUCAGAUAGUGGGAUAUACAUCUGCCACUUCAAACAGGGACACUUCCAUGAAGAGGCCAUCUUGGAACUGAAGGUGGCAGCAAUGGGCUCUGUCCCUGAAGUGUACAUCAAAGGUCCAGAAGACAGUGGAGUGUGUGUUGUAUGCAUGACCUCAGGAUGGUACCCAAAGCCCCAGGUGCAUUGGAGAGACUCCAGAGGAGCGAAUCUCACAGCAUCCUCAGAGAUUCAUCAUGAAGAUGCUCAAGGACUGUUCAGUAUAGAGACCUCACUGGUGGUGAAAGAAAGCUCUGUGAGGAAUGUGACCUGCUCCACCUUCAACCCAAUCUUGGGUCAGGAGAAAGCCAUGUCCAUGUUCCUCCCAGAGCCCUUUUUUCCCCAGGCCUCUCUCUGGAAGCCAGCGUUUUUUGUGACCGUGACCAUGAUGGGACUCCUAAUCUUAGGGACAAGCUAUCUUCUCAGCAGGGGAUGUUCUGCAAGACUGACCAUGCAGGAGAUAAUGGGGAAUCUUCAGCAUGAGAAGGAUGAGUUACAGAAGACAAAAGAGGAUGCUCUGAGGACUACUAACACACUCUGGAAAGAGCUUGAUAUAAGAAAAGCAGCUUACAUGGCAGCUUGGAGGAAGGCCCAGCUGUAUGCAGAUUGGCGCAAGGAAUACUUCCAGGCCUGGUCUUUCACUCUGGAUCCAGCCUCUGCCCAGUCUACCCUUGCCAUCUCGCAGGACAGGCUGAGUGUGACCCGGAAGGAUUCUAGUAUGCACUUGUAUGACUUCUCCAGUGUGUUAGGCAUUAGAGGCAUCUCUUGUGGAAGACAUUACUGGGAGGUGAAGCUAAAACACAGAGAAGGCAGCGAAUGGAUUCUGGGGGUCUGUAGGGAAGUUGUGGACAGGAAAGACAUUUCUUUUGAGACUCCACAUAAGGGGUUUUGGACUGUGGGGCAGUCUAGUAGAGGAUAUUGGGCCUAUGUUGACUCUGGGAGGGAUUCAUUAUCCGUCAGGAAAGCUCUGAAGCAUGCGGGGGUGUUUGUGGACUACACUGAAGGUGACAUCUCCUUCUAUAACAUGAGUGACAUGUCCCACAUGUUCUCCUUCCAUGAGGCUUCCUUAUCUGGGACUCUUUUUCCAUACUUCAGGCUUAGGUCUGGAAAUGUUUCAAUGAUGAUCAACUCCAUGCCAUGUGCUUCUGAGGGGAGGGAGGGAGAACAGGAGGAGGAAGGGGAGGAACAAGGGGAGGGCAAAGAGGGGGAUGAAUCUUCAUUCCUCCAGCAGGCAGGAACUCUCUGUUCCCAUAGUGUGGACCACUGCCUAAGUCGUCAGUGUGGCUCCUUGUACGAGUGUAGAAGCCACAGGCCAAAGCCCCCAGGGCUCCUGGAAGGGCCUGGAGCCUUGACAACUGCUCUUCAGUCUGACUCUGAGGCUGUGGCUGUGACUGUGGUGGCAGCGAGGAAAUGCUUUGUGUCAGGUGGUAUAAAACAGGCUGCUUUGAGCUCUGAGAAGGCAUUUUCCUGUUGGUAUUAA